AUGGACCAAUCUCCACCGGACGAUAAUUCCGAGAUUCUCCCGGGCUCCCGCCGGAAGCCCCGAACUUGCCCUCAUUGUAAGCGUCAUUUUCGGCGCCAUGAACAUCUCCAACGACAUGUCCGCAUUCAUACAAAUGAGAAGCCAUAUACAUGUGCUUGUGGUGCUUCCUUUGCUCGACGCGAUCUACUGAAGCGCCAUCAUGCUGCGACCCAUUCACCGAUCACACCGUCAACGCAGCAUCCAUCCCCAGCCACGGGAGCUAGCUCCCAAAUUCAAACAAUACAAAGUGACCAUCUCGACACUGAAGAUGUCCCUUGGGUUAUUCCUGGGUCUUCGGGUGGACAUGUAGACCCUGUGGAGUCCCAAGGGCAGAUGCAAGGUUAUCAGCCAGGAGGCCUUUCAUUCCUCGAUGAUUAUGAUCCGUUGGAGGAAUUCGUAUCCUUCAGUCACAGCAUGGGGCUGACUGACUGGACACUACCAACUGAGCUUGGUCUGGCACCAAUAAUCGCCAAAGAGCCUAAUUACUAUUCCAUGCCGACACCAUCGAGUGUGUCUAGACGGCAGGAGCGUUCAAGUUCUGUACAUGUAGAUCACUCUCUUACCCAGCUCCCAGCCGAGAAAGAUUCAAUAGAAAGGGUUCAGACUCCCGGGACAACCAUUUCCUUGCCAUCAUGCCAUUCCUUGAGUCGGUUCGCAAACGCUUUCUUUGACAGCUUCUAUCCGCAUGUGCCAAUUGUGCAUAUACCAUCAUUUAAUCUGGAUAAUUGUGACGCCAAGACCAUUCUAUCCAUGGCUGCUCUGGGAGCGCAAUGUCGGCAUGAGCACCGGAAAGCAGUCAUUUUGUUUUAUGCCGCCAAGACAAUAUUAAAGAAGGAAAUGCAAGAGAGAGAAGAAAGAGAGCUCAGUAUCAACCUUGCUCCAAAUCCGAAUACGAAUUGCGCGAAUACAGGCCAGGUAUCUAGUCCUGGUGAGCUCACAUGCCGUGGGCUGAUGUCUGAGACACGCUGUGCACUCUAUCUUAUUGCAUUUGCAACUUGGCAAAGCAAGCCAGAGAUAUUACGAGAAGCGUUCAAUCUUCAAAGUUUCCUAGCAAGAUGUGUCCGAGAAGGUGGACUAGAAGAAAGCCAAGAGACUCUCCGAGCUGCUCCUCUCGACUGGCAUACCUGGGUUGAGCAGGAAACACACCGAAGGAUCAAGCUCUUUUCCUUCGCCUGGCUGAAUUUACAAAGUAUAGCAUUUGGGGUGCCUCCAAUCAUUCUAACCGAUGAAGUCCACCUUCGCCUUCCAUGCACCUGCAUUGAAUGGAUAUCUCCGAAUCAGGAACGAUGGUCAGCAAUUCAUAAAUCUGGCCAUCAGGAGCAAAUGCUUUUCCAGGAUGCACUUCACCAUUUAGAGAGAGGGGUCCUGGACUCAAAUGCGUCUUCAUCUCAGCCAGUACCGUCGCCUCUCGCGAAUUACAUUCUGCUCCACCCUCUCAUACAAAGAAUAACUCUUGCGCACCGGACGAUCGGGUCAGCCGUUGAUGGCGGGAACGCUCUUUUAAUCGCCCAAAAAGAAGGCAUGCGGAAUUCCCUUCGGGCGUGGACCUUGCAAUGGCAACGAGCUCCCGAAUCAAGCCUCGAUCCUCGAAACCCGAACGGACCGGUCACUUUCACAUCGACCGCACUUCUUGGCCUUGCAUACGUCCGACUCGCCUUUGAUAUGAGCCCAUAUAAAGUCCUGGAAUCUCGCAACCCUUCACAAAUUGCAGCCCGACUCUUCAACUUGCCAGAUCUCCCUCACGGGCCCCAUCUUCUUCCCGCCAUGCUUCAUGCAACCCAUGCCCUCAGCAUACCUGUUAAACUCGGAGUAGAUUUCGUUGCGCGCAGCCAUGCCUUCGUGUGGAGCAUCCAACACUCGAUUUGUGGUUUCGAGUUCGCGGUGUUUCUUUGCAAAUGGCUGUACCACAUCUGCGACACUUCUGCCACAAGACCUCUUGACGAACAUGAAAGUCGCUCGAUAAACUGGAUCAGCGACAUCGUCGAGGAAGGCCGAACAUCGGGCGACGAAGACCUAUGUCCCGAGCCUGUGUCUCCUUCCAAUUGUAAAUACUUGGCGUAUCUUGUAGUGAAGCUUUGGGCUCGUCUAAUCCGAGGGAAUGGCAUGUGGGCAAUUUUGGGUAUUAUUGGAGAAAGCCUGGAUAUAUACGCCGAUAUCUGUCGCGAUCAGCAUAUUUCCAGUUAAAAUCAG